AUGUCAAGCUAUUACGAUGUUCACAAUGUCAGACUAUUACGAUCUUCACAAUGUCAAGCUAUUACGAUGUUCACAAUGUCAAGCUAUUACGAUGUUCACAAUGUCAAACUAUUACGAUCUUCACAAUGUCAAGCUAUUACGAUCUUUACAAUGUCAAGCUAUUACGAUCUUCAAAAUGUCAAGCUAUUACGGUCUUCACAAUAUCAAGCUAUUACGAUCUUCACAAUGUCAAGCUAUUACGAUCUUCACAAUGUCAAGUUGUUACGAUCUUCACAAUGUCAAGCUAUUACGAUCUUCACAAUGUCAAACAAUUACGAUCUUCACAAUGUCAAGCUAUUACGAUCUUCACAAUGUCAAACAAUUACGAUCUUCACAAUAUCAAGCUAUUACGAUGUUCACAAUGUCAAACUAUUACGAUCUUCACAAUGUCAAGCUAUUACGAUGUUCACAAUGUCAAACUAUUACGAUCUUCACAAUAUCAAGCUAUUACGAUGUUCACAAUAUCAAACUAUUACGAUCUUCACAAUGUCAAGCUAUUACGAUCUUUACAAUGUCAAGCUAUUACGAUCUUCAAAAUGUCAAGCUAUUACGGUAUUCACAAUAUCAAGCUAUUACGAUGUUCACAAUGUCAAGCUAUUACGAUCUUCACAAUGUCAAGCUAUUACGAUCUUCACAAUGUCAAACAAUUACGAUCUUCACAAUAUCAAGCUAUUAUGA